UUCAAGAUCAACGACAUCAAAACAACAACACAAGAUGGUCAAAAAGCCUUUCCUCCCAGCUUCCUAAGUCUGACGAGUGACCAACAACUCAGGGAAACACACACACACACACACACACUGCUCUAGAACCAUUGUUUUCCUUAGGUGAAGCACUCAACAAGGAAAAGACCUCAGCAAGAAGAGAAAAUAAAAGCAAGAGUAAAGAGUGAACCUGAAGAAGGAUACAACGCUACAGAGGAGAGGCUCAGGCCACAAGAAGCAGCAGCAGGCAGGUGUUGGAGCAUAAUGUCAUUGGGACAGCUGACUGCCAACUAUACAGAUUCUGAGGGAGAAGAUGAUGACAGGCUCAGUGAUGACACUUCCCGCAGAUCAACUCCACUGGGUGGUACCCGAGUGUCUGAGCUACGUGACGAAGGCAGCCGUCGAGGAACUCCUUUCAGUGGGGAGUCUGUUGGUUCUGGCACCCCACAAAAGAAGCUUAACAGAUUGGUGUCAUAUGCAAAUGAAGAUGAAGAAGAAGAUGGAGAUGAUUUAGACAGAGACAGUGAUGAGCAUGAGCCUGAUGAGAUGCUAAACUCGGAGCCAAUGGACACUGGCACAGAUGAAGGGGAGGAUGACAAAGUUAAAGAAAAUAAUUAUGGAGUAAAGUUGCCUCCAGCUCCAACAGGAAAAUGCCCUGCACACUUGCAGGAGAAGAUGAUUCGUUUUCUUAAUGAAGUUCGGCGUGGAAACAAAGACUACAAUGUCAUGAUCCAGAAUAACAAAGAAUUCAGAAAUCCUGGCAUUUAUGAAAAAUUGAUAGACUUACUACAGCUGGAUGAGAUGGGCAGUAAUUAUCCAUUGGAUAUGUUUGAUCCACACUGCUGGGGCAAAGAGUCUUAUUAUGAUGAACUUGCAAGGGUGCAGAAAGAAGAAAUGGAUAGAAGAGAAAAGGAAAGAAAAGAUAAAACCAAGGUCGACAUCAUCUCAGGCACCAAAAAACCUGCAGAAGAAGAAUCUGCUGCUAAGAAACGCAAAUCUCGAUUUGACCAAGGAGGUCCAGCCACAAGUGUUAUGAAGCCUCUGGUGGCCCCUCCCACUCUCACCUCAGUGCCAUCAGGGACCAAGACAACAAUAGAUGCAUUUGGCAGUCUUAAAAAAACAAAAUAAGGGUUAGGUAAAUGAAAAUAUAUAAUUAAAAUCUCCUAUGAAUAUGUUGUUUCAUCCUGUAUAGCAAAACCAUUGCUAGUUGCUCCCACAAACAACAAUUUAGUGUCAUGAGAUACUAAGCAUAAGAGAGUCAUAGUUACACUUAUUCUGAGGAGAAAUGCCAUGGAGUGAAGAUUCAUACAUCUUUGAAAUAUUGGUCAUACUGGACUUUUUUUUUUUUUUUUAUAUUGGUAUAAUUUAACUUGAUUGUUAUUUCGUAACUUGAAAUAAACCCAUAUCAUAGCAA